CCUACCUCCUUUCCUGCUUGCUCCCUUACAGCUCGAGAAGAGGACCUAUGGCCUGGGAAGACACAUACCUGCUACCCCCGAUCCUGCUGGUGCUCCUGGCCUCAGGCUCCUGGGCAGAGUUACUUCACACAGUGGAAGGCCAGACAACUUUUGUGAAAUGCCAGUAUAAUAGCAACCAACACUCCAAGGAGAAGAUUUGGUGUCAGCAAACAUCAACAGAACGUUGUAAAGUGUUAGUGUCCAGUCUCAGCACAGAUACUCAGCAGCCAAAAUUCUCCAUCCGGGACCAUCCUGACUCUCGCUUCUUCACUGUCACCAUGACUGCACUCACGGUGAGAGACUCGGGUGUCUAUUCCUGUGAGAUUCCUGGAAAUGACAGAGCAACCAUUAUCCUCAAAAGAAUCUUCCUGGCGGUGUCAGAAGAAGUGUCCACACUAAUGCAGAGCUAUACUGAAAAGGAGCAAGCUGAGCAAGGAAAAAUACUAAAUGAACAGUUUGAGGAAAAAGGAGACACCAGGAGAGAGCUCAGCUGGCAUUUCAGGCUGCAGAGCACAAGCUGUGAGAGGGGAGAGGGAGCUGGGUCAGAUUCUUCAGAUACAUAUGAUUAUGGCAUCAGAACUUUUAUAUACCUAACUAAAGAUCCCAUCCUGAUUACCUCAAAAUACCUGCACAGAGACUGGACUAUGACCCAAUCCACAGCUCUUGUCUCUUCUCCUGACCCUGGAGUCACCUUCUCAAAUGUGACAAAUAUUCCCAGGGUCUCCAUAUCCAGCAUCAUGGUCCCCAUGGUCUGUGGACUCCUCAGUAAGACCCUUAUCUUCACUGUCUUGUUUGCUGUCACAUGGAGGUCAUUUGGAGGACAGACCAUGAAGCCACACAACAGUGGCCUUUGAUUUUAAGCCAUGUCAUUCUC